AUGAAGAGCGCAUUGAGUCUAGUCGCUCUCGGCCUCGCCGCGACGGCGCAGGCAGCUUACUAUGAGUACACCACGGUGACGGGGUACUUCCAGCAGGACGAGGCCAGCACCGACGCGUCGACGUUUGACUACACAGCAACCAACUUCGGCCUCAUCAACCGCACCUACGACGCCGAGGGCACCAGCACCAGCACCAGCAACCUCUCGCAGUGGCAGCGCUUCUACAACCACGUCCACGCCCUGAACAAGCACGCCCCCCACAAAACCGAAUACAAGGUUUUUUUCUUCGGCCGCCACGGCGAGGGCUGGCACAACGCCGCAGAGAGCUUCUACGGCACUCCCGCCUGGAAC